AUGCAGCCUAAACUGGUCGGUUGGUUGUGUUUCGCUUGGCUUUUGGCGUUCGUUUCAGCGGAUGACCAGCUGUUCCCGGUGUCGCUUAUCCACAUCAACGACAUCCACGCGCACUGGGAGGAGAUCGAUACGGCUAGUGUCACGUGCGAUCCAAGGCAUGAAAGUGCAGCGGAUCAGUGCCUUGGAGGGUACGCCAGGACGGUUACCAUCGUUCGGAGGCUGCUGAAGGAGCGCACGAACCCGGUGUACCUGAACAUCGGUGAUAACUUCCAGGGGACGCUUUGGUACAACAUCCACCGGUGGAAUGCGACGGCGUUUUUCCUUAACAUGCUGCCAGCGGAUGCCGUGACCGUUGGAAACCAUGAGUUUGAUGAUGGAAUUGCCGGCGUGGUACCGUUCCUGGAAGCACUGGAAUCACCCGUUCUGCUGGUGAACGUCGACAACUCCAAGGAGCCCGCAUUCAGCAAGUUCCGCCGAUCGAUGGUGAUCGAGCGGGAUGGUCGCCGGAUUGGAUUGAUUGGGGUGAUCCUUCGCACGACGUACAACAUGGCCGACACGGGAGCGUUGGUGUUCGAGGAUGAAGCGGAAACCGUCCGUCAGGAAGCUGAUCGGCUCGCUGCUGAAGGUGUCGAUAUCGUCGUGGUGUUGUCCCAUUGCGGGCUUGAUGUGGACCACAUCAUAGCGGCAAAUGCGGGCCCGAAUGUGGACAUCAUUGUUGGAGGGCAUUCGCACAGCUUCCUGUAUACGGGAGCGAAUCCGCAGAUUCCGAUGACGGCCGCAUCCGAGUAUCCGACGCAGGUGUUCCAACCCGAUGGCCACCGGGUGUUGAUCGUACAGGCGUCCGCUUAUACGAAGCUGGUUGGAGAUAUCGUGCUGUACUUCGACGACCAGGGUAUCAUCCAACGCUGGGAGGGUAAUCCGAUCUAUCUCGCCAACGACGUUGUGCCGGACGCGGAAGUAAUGGCGGCGAUCGUACCAUGGAAAAUGGCGGUCGAUGCGGUUGGUCAGCGCAUGAUCGGUUCGACUGCGGUUGAUCUGCUCAAGCCACCGUGCAACUUCGGUGAAUGCAUCCUGGGGAAUUUGAUCGCUGACUCGAUGGUGGAGGCGUUUGUGGCCAUGGCAGAACCGGGCCAAUGGACGUACGCAUCGAUCGCAGCGAUCGCUGUUGGUCGCAUCCGUCAAAGCUUAGCUCCUGGAGAGAUCUCCUUCAAGCACCUGAUUGAAGUGCUCCCGUUCGAGAACCAACUCAUCUGUCUCGAUCUACGAGGUGAUCAACUGAUCGGUCUACUGGAGCAUGGUGCCGAGCUGUCGUGGGAUGAGCACCGCUUUAACGCCAAGAACUUGAUGCACGUGUCCGGUUUGCGGGUCGUGUACAACGUCACCAAUCCGAUCGGUUACCGCGUGCUGUCCGUCGAAGCCCUCUGCCAGGACUGUGCCGUCCCGGAAUACGCUCCAGUCGAACCAUUCCGCAUGUACCGAGUUGUCACCGUGUCGUAUCUCGCCGAGGGAGGCGAUGGUUUCGAGAUCUUCCCGAGGUACGGUAGAAACCGUGUCGUCGCACCGGUGGAUGAUGUGCAGGCGUUCGAGAACUACGUAAAGGCUCGCUCGCCCGUCGCUCCGGAGCUCGAGGAACGCAUUCGCAUACUGACGUAAAGCAGGCCUAUGAAAUAAAACCCCCUCCAAACUGAAGGGAAUCGCAGAA